AUGGAUUUCGUCAACAAGCUCACCGGCAGCGGCAACAGCCAGAACCAGGGUCAGAGCUCCAACGAGCAGUCCACCGGCUCUUCUGGCGGCCAGCAGCAGCAGGGCAGCGGCGGCUUCCUCGGCGGCAUUGGCGACAAGCUGAAUAGCGCUGCUGGCGGCGGCCGUGAGAGCGAGAAGAACGAGGACUACCUCGACAAGGGUGUCGACUUCGUGCAGGAGAAGUUCCUUGGACAGGGACCCCAGGACAACGAGUCCGCUGUGGAGCAGGCCAAGGACGAGCAGAUCUCCGACUUCAUUCGGGGACAGUACAAGGCUACCACCGGCUCUGAUAUCCCCAUCAAGGACAAGGAGACCAGGCUUGGUUAG